GGUUGAGUGAAAAUGAUGGUACAUGUACAACACAGGUGUAAGUAGAGAGAGGGCUUGUGGUCUGGUAAUGUUUGAUUUCAGAUAUGUGUAUUGUAACUGUCUCAAUCUAAUGAGAUGCAAGUAGUUCAGUAUUGGAAUAUAAUUUCAUAGAUCUGUUGAGCAUUAACAAAUGUGAAAGGGGUAGUUAACAACCAACAUCAAAAUGUCAACAGAGAAUGGGAUCUACACACCUAGCCCCACCCCCAAACCCCAUCCCAGGGUGAGACCGGAGGCAGCAGAGAAUGCCAACAGACAGAGGGAUGCUGGCAACUGGUUUAGCCAUGACGGCGGACAGAACUAUCACUCCCCACAACCUAAGGAGAGAAACACAUCAGAUGAAGCCCGUAGGAAUGCCCAAACAAACAAGGGCUCUCUAGGGGAUAUAAUGUCAGGAAAGUCCAACAAUACCCCAGAUUUUGAGGUGCACCAUCGCAUCAAACCAGAGGCUGAGGAGUUUGCAAACAGGAAUCGAGGUACCAUGGAUAAGUGGUUUGAUUACAGUCAAAACCAGAGGUAUGAAUCUCCCCGGCCAGGUGAGAGGCUCAGGACAGAGGAGGCCAAAAAAGUUGCAGAGGUCAAUAAAGGGGUCAUGAAUGAGUGCAUGGGGGGAUACGCUGAUCCUCCUGUCAAAAAGCCUAUUCAUCCACGCAGUGUGAAAGCAGAGGCUGCAGAAAUGGCCGAGAGAGGAAAGGGUGGUGCCAUGAAGGAUCUAAUGGUGAAUUAUGGAAAUAUGAAUUUAGAAGAAGGAAGACAGGGACCAAAAGUGAAAGGGAUGGAUGCUGAGGAAUAUGCCGAGAGAAACAAGGGCACCGUGAGUAAACUGAUGAACAAUUACGCUGAUGUUCCACUGCCAGAGCAGCCGGCACCUAAAGUUUACUACGGAGGGGAAGAGGUACUAGACAAAUAUCAGGGGAAAGACAUGGGGCCAAUGCUGAGAAUGGAAGGACGACUACCACAACAUGAACCUAAAGUCAGCAGACUUCACAAGGAGUCAGAGGGACCUGGUUGGGAUGAGAACCCCCCAGCAGUGAGAGCCAGACCAGAGGGGGACAGAGUGGCUGACAAAUACCAUGACCAGCAUGUCAAAAACCUGCAAGUCAUGGACAUGGAAGCCCCCCCUCCCACCGUACGCCCCACUAAAGUGCCCGUACAUCUCCAGGAAUCAGGAACACCGCGACCGAGGACAUCACCGACACGCACACGACCAGAAGGACGAUUCUCUUACCAGAAAAACCAGUCCUCAGAAAUGUUCUCCAUUAUGAAGGGGGAGAGCAACCAAGCGUCCACACCCCGUAAAGUCAAUCGAAUGAUGCAAAGAUCUGAGAACUGGUAAAGAGAGCAGGCAGAGUGAAGGAGGAAGGAGAAGUUAUCUGCCCUUGUUUACUAUGACCAAGAAAUUCAAUGUGAUGUCCAACUGUGUCUCUUUAUUUUGAUAGUUUGCCUUUUUUUAUUUGAAAACAAUUUGUGGUAUAUUUUUUAUUUUCAUUUUAGCUUUUUUUAUACUAUUAAUUUCAUUGCUAAAUUCAUAUCCCACCGUGUGUCACUACUUAAGGAUAAUUAGCCAUCAUAAAUUUUGUACUCAAACUCAUCCGAUAUUGAUAGACAAACAACUGGAUAUUCUGGUUGAGAAGCAUUAAGUUUUGAUUCGUUAUGUAGAAAGUUUUAUACAAAUUACAUCAACUAAUUGUAUCAAAAUUAAUUUGUAAAACAUUUUUGAUAGGUAUAUAAGUAUGGCUAAUAUGUUAGGAAAUAAGUGCAUACAACUCAUUCCAUCUGUCCGUGUGUUCACUUGGAAUACUCCUUAUUUUGGUUGUGAGCUUUAUUUCAUUGUAUAUAUUUAGAAUUAUAAAUGGUGCUAUAAAACUCCUAACUAGUUUUGCUUGAAGUAAAUCUAAGAAGUUCAGAAACUUAUCAAUAUACCAUAAUUUUUUAUGACACUCUAAUUUUAUGAUAAAUGAAAUUUUUAACAGACAUUUUACAGAGCUCUUAUUUUAAACAAUAUUAACCACCACACUAUGGCCUUAUUAUGAAUGUCUGACAUAUCAGCAGAAGCACCGAAUGUAUGGGUUGUGAUCUCUGUAUGUUUAUUUAAGAACACUGCUGGGCUUUUUACUUCAGCAAUAAUGUUGUACACCAUUCAAUGUUCAUUAUUCAUGUUCGGUUAUUGUAGAAUUUUUAAAUGAUUUAGAAUUUUUAUUUUUGAAUUGUUUUAUCAACUUUAUUGAAGAGUAUACUUGAUGUGUGAUAUGAAUUGAAUGAUUUAACUGUCCAGUUAGGAAAAAAUUAGAAUAUUUUGGCAUGUUGAUAAAUACAUUUAGUAACAUUAAAAAAAAAAUCAAAAUUAUUAAUCUUCAGUAAUACCACUAGAUUUUCAUUUGAAAUACCGGUAGAAAAUUCUUAACAAUCUCUACAUGUACAUGUCCACAUGAGAUGACAUCCUUAUAUGUAAGUAUGAAUAGUAAAAUUUCAACAAAUCAG